UAACUACGUCUGAUCUCGAAGACUAGUCGCGUCGAUGCGAUUGUCAUGAACACGGGUGUAAACAACAUGGCAGGCACUGGAGAAAACUCGACAAAAUCAAAGAACAAAAUCAGUUUAUCGAAUUCGUUAACCAAAUAUCUCCACGAUACUGUUUUACCGAGGAGACGGGAAAUACAAGAGGUUCAUAGAGCACUCAUCAGACGGAUAAUUGGGCCGAUUUUGAGGAAGAUUAGUGAGCUAGACGACCGCUUCCAAAGUGAAUGCGAGGGACUAUUGAAUGAGACCGGUGAAAGCUUUGUGGGUGUUAAUCAUUGUCAAUAUUACAAAGUUGACGUCGCCGUGGUUUUGUCGAAUCUCCUCUCUCCAAAAUGCCUCGAAAAAUCCUCUCAAGGACUUCCUUUGCAAGGGCAACAACCUGCCGCUUUUCUAGACAGUGCUGCGUGUGAUAACCCGUACAUUUCACCUCUUUCCGGCUUCGGAUACGUUCUUGCCGACACUGAAAAACUGCUCCUCCAUGAUUUGCUGAGUAUCAAGCAAGAUGAGGUGUCAUCAGCCCAACAUGAUGAUGUCAGUUUCUCAAAUAGAUCCUUUCUUUCUCCUGGGAAGGUUGUGAAGAGGUUUGCCAACCUUGUCGAGGAAAGUGUGGAGAUUUUGCUGGAGGAAUGUAUCUGGGAAGAAGAACCAACGGUCUAUGAAAUUUCUGUGAAAAGAGAAGGUCAUUUAGUGAGACUGCAUGUUAUACUAAGAGGCGAGGAAUAUACAAUUGAACUGAUCCCUGCAUUGGAACUCACUGGCUGGUGGCCAAAGAGUCUACAGAACUGGGGACCUGAGUGUGCCGCAAGGCCAAACCAAUGGUUGGACUAUGCUCUCAUGUCAAAGGUCAAGAAUAAAUUCCAUGUGUUCCCCGCCCGGCCCCCACCAGGCCACGAUGCCUUCCGACUCUGGUGCACCUACUUCAGCUUGAGUGAGAAGGUCUUGGCUAGGACCGUGAUCGAAGACGACGUCCCCGAGGUGUCGUGCCGUGCUCCCAUCCUGCUGACAAUGCUGUCGCUCUGCGAGGAGAACUCCGAAGAGUUCUACCCAGUCACGCCACGGAUCAUAACCACCGCAUUUCUCCAUCAGUGCACGCAGUAUCCCCUUCAAGAUGACUGGACACCUAAUAAGCUUGGAAGAGCUUUUGUGGACCUUUUCUUGUCUCUCAUAGGCAUGUUGAAGUCAGGAACCUGUAAUCACUACUUUCUCCCAUCCUGUAACAUCUUGGACAACUCAGAAGACCUGAAACCUGUAGCACACCAUCUCAAAGCCAUUCUUAAUGACAUUGUAGAGAACCCAAACAAGACACAAUUUUUGCAUCUUAAUCAUAAGUCAAAAAACAGGGCUGGUAACACUGGAAGUCGGUAGGAUAGGACAGAUCAUGGAUGUGCAGUGUACAUGUACAGUAUAGGCUAAGUCCACCCAUUAUCUACUAGUUGAAUUUUAAGUUUUUUUGAUAGAGCAACGGUGAAAAUUUCAUCAGAAUUAGAAGAAACUUCUUUAAAGUCAAGGGUUUUCCUCAGUACCCCUUCUUCCCAAAAUGCUUUCUGGGCGGAUAUCAUCCCCAUUACAGAUACAAUCAGUGGUUCCUUUAUCUCAUAAUCAGACAAAGAAUUAGGAGGGGCAGUCAUCAGGUGUAUUCAGACCGACUCAAAUUCCAAAAAAUACCAGGGAUUCUCUGACUGGGAAAUUUACCCUGAUCUACCCCAAUUGGAAAAUAUCCGAUAAAUAGUAGGUACUGGUCAAAAUUAUGAGAACUUUCGGAUGUCGCAGGGACUUUUCCAAGGUCGCAGGUAUUCUUGCAAAUUAGGAGAUCUUUCUCAACUGAAAAAGCGGUUGGCGAGGGCACUGAGGUGCUCAUACCUCCCAGACCAUAUUGUACAUGCUUGUAACUAUGAGAACAUACCCCUAAAUAGUCUGCUUCAGAUCAGUAUGUAUGUGGGAAAUUAUUGUCAUCUAUUUUAUUAAGUUCAUGUAAAUGUACAGGUAUUCUGAUUAUUGAAGUGUUCUGGAUACACCCAUUGACCCAAAUUCACAAAGGUGGAUUUUAAAACC